AUGGCCAGAUUGUCCCUCUUGCCCAUCCUCGCUGCCGUUCUUGCUGCUUUGCUCUUCUUCAUCGGAAGUGCAGAUGCAGCCAAAGGUCCGGUCAUUACCAACAAGGUCUACUUCGAUGUCGAACAUGGAGGUAAACCCCUCGGUAGGGUAGUAAUGGGUCUGUACGGAAAAACCGUCCCAAAGACAGUAGAGAACUUCCGAGCGUUAUGUACGGGUAAGACUGCCGACGGUGAAGAGUUGGGAUAUGGAUAUCAGGGAUCCUCUUUCCAUAGAAUCAUUAAGAACUUCAUGAUUCAAGGUGGUGAUUUCACCAAAGGUGAUGGUACGGGUGGUAAAUCCAUCUACGGCAACAAGUUUGAAGAUGAGAACUUCAAAUUAAGACACACCGGUCCUGGUGUACUCUCCAUGGCUAAUGCUGGUAGAGAUACCAAUGGAUCUCAAUUCUUCAUCUGUACUGUCAAGACUUCAUGGUUGGAUGGUAAACACGUCGUCUUCGGCCACGUCAUCGAAGGUAUGGACGUAGUCUACGCCAUGGAGGGCGUCAAGACCGCUCGAGGUGAUAAACCAACCGAACAAGUCACGAUCGUCGCUUCAGGAGAGUUACCAAUCGAGCAUGAGACGGAUGAAGAAGGCAAUCAGGUACCUUUCCGUGUUGAAUUAUAA